CGCUGCCGCCAUGUCCGGGGUGCAGCGCAUGCGAGCGGCCAACGAGCGGCACAGCCGGAGCGUCACGCAGCGGGGCGGCCUCCACCGGGGCCAGACGCCCCAGGAGGAGAAAGCCCCCGUCGGCCCGUGGCUCCUGGCCCUCUUCGUCUUCGUGGUCUGCGGAUCAGCCGUCCUCCAGAUGAUCCAGAGCAUCCGCCUCGGGGGCUAGCGGCGCAGGAGCAGCUCCUUGCAGAGCCUCCGUCAGCCCUCAGGAAAUCGUGGGACAUCCUCCAGGCCUCCCGAAGAGCCUCUCCUGGAAUGACGACGCCGUGACCCGACUCUCCCCCGCGCCCGCCCCGCGCCCCGCUCCACCUGGGACUUUUGCGCCAGGCCAUCUCCGGUGCUGGGCCGCCCUGGGAAGCUCCGAUCG